CUAUUCUCGUGCUCUAGUUUGCCAAAGGAAAAAAAUAAAACAAUUCUCUCGCGGUCUAGGGUUUGCAGACGCGCGCGACUUUCUUCUCCUCUCUCUCUCUCUCUCGUUUGAUGGCCAUUGAAGAUUCCGGUUGCCUUCCGACGUUCGCGACGAGCAUAACAGUACCGUGAUUGGUUGUCGAAUUUUUCCUCCACCUUACAGCCUUCGUUUAUGCCGGUAGCCUGGGACGCCUAAGUUCGCGUUCCAGAUCGCCGGCGACCCGCGAUCUGGAACGUCCGGUCUCUAGCGGCUCGGCGCUUGAGGCGGGGGUGGUAUUGGUGGUUCGACGAGGCCUUCGCUUAUGACGUUGAACGAGGCGCACGGGGGCGGUUCGAAUGGUGGUAUAAUGGAGGAGGUGAAACAUAAUUGUACAGAUUCAGUCAAUUGUCUCAUUGCGGGGAAGAACACGGACGGGAUUGGCGUUGACGACGGUUUGGCCAGCGGGGAUACCGAGCCAGGUGGCGGUUUGUUGGUUUUGCAGGGCGGUGAAAGUGGCGUCGGUUCGUUUCAUGAAGCUACUACGAUCGGUUGUUCGUAUGUAGAGAAUGGGGAGGUGGAUGGUGAAAAUGUGGCCGGUCUUCCUGAUGACAGAGUCGAGGGGUCUUCGGAAGUGAAGCUGAGCAUUGACGACAGUACGGACCAGAUGAUUAUGGGAAAAGAAGACAGUAGCUGUGACAUAAACGUAUCGUUGGUGGGUUGUAAAAUAGCAUCGGAAGAAGUUACUGGAACCGUGGAUGAUUCCACGACGCCUGAUGAGGCUUGUGCCUUCCCUCUAUCAGGGAAGUCAACAGUCUCAAUGGUUGAGAACGAUGGCGAUUCAGCUAUAGUGGAGGAUUAUACGCUUAGCAGAAUCUCAUCAUGUUCAGAAGCUGGUGUCAUUCCUUCUGCAAACGAGGCUGGUUCAUUGGAUCAUUUGGACCUGAAGGAUGGCCAAGACGUGAACAGCAAUGCUGCUGUUCUCUCGAGUGAAAAAGGGGAUACUGCUUCCGCUACCUGCACCCAGCUAUUGCCUUCAAAAAGUUACCAUGAAACGUUGGAACCCUCAUGUUCUGAUGAUUUUGCAAGUAGUUUUGUUGCAGAGAAUAGGCAAAAGGAUGAUAAAAAUGCUCGGGGGCCUUCUCUGGAGGUCUUUUCGGAGUAUAGGGAAGAAAGAGUUGAUUUUUUGGGUCAGAUGGAUGUGCAGAUAGGCAAUCAGAUAUCCACUUCAACUGGUUAUGCGACGUGUGGGAAAGAAAAACCUGUGGACACUUUGUUGCCUUGGGAGGGAAGGACUGAGGAUAGGGAUAUGGACGUUAUUGGCGGUCCUGAAACAUUUGAUUCUUCAGGCAUUGAAAUACCUGAUCCAGGCAUUGCUUUUGCUGCAGAUGAUGCAGAGCUCACAGAAGAGAAACUUAUAAUUUCACGUGAAUGUGAGGGACAAUUGGACGAAAGUGCUGGCAGCAGUUCAGGGAAAGGAGCAUCUGAAUUUACUUCUCAGCUCACUGUUGCUGAAUCGCAUCUUCUGCAUUCAUGUCUGCCAUCUUCGACAUUCAUAAACUGCUCUUUGAAGCUGAAAAAUGUGCCAGAGAUUUCAGCUGGUGUUAUAAUUCCAAACUCUAAGGUUGACCAUUUUAAGGAUGGCACAGAUGAUGGAAAAUGUUCUACUCAGUCUGAUCAUAGCUCUGAGACCAGAGGCCCCAAAAUCGUAUCAUCAUCCUCCCAGAAGAGCAGCCGAAUAAGUAAAUCAGGCAGGAAGACUCAGGCAAAAAGGGCUGCGAGGAACUCGAGGAAUGCAAGCAAAGUAGUUUGCCUUCUCGAAACUGGAGAAUUUGUUAGUGAGGCUUCAAAAAAGAAGAGGACAUCACUCCCCAAAACAGCCCGUUCUUCCCCCUGGGGUGCACUUCAAAAUGUUUCACAACUGUUUGAGCGGGUGAAUGGGCUGGGGUUCAGGCAAGUGAAAAGCCAAAGACGAAGUAAAGCUAGGACUGGCGGAGAAAGUGAUAAGAAGAUGAAGGAUCAGCAAGUUGGAAACCCAAACUCUUCCAAUGGAAUAUGUUGUGGUUCAUCCACACGUAUCAGGUUGAAGGUAAAACUGGGCAAAGGACCCAUUCAAAGUAGUUCAAAUGUACUAGAGGUUGUUAAAUCUGCCCCACCUGUCAGCAUUGUGGCCAAUACUGGUACGACGACAUCAUUCAACGGAACCAAUGCUGAGGUUCCCAAAAUGGACAACGAUGGUGAAUACAAAUCGAGGGUAGACGGAUGUCUGGGCAAGAGCAGUUCAAAGGAAAAACUUCUUUCUGCUGAUCCUCGCUUGAGUUCAGGUUUGGAAACUGAAAACUCAGACACCGGUUUGAUAGAAAAGUCUACUGGAAAUGCUACGGAAGAUUUUCUUGGGAUUCCUGAUUGUGCAGAGAUUGAAACAGCUGGAGGAACAGCUGAUGGUGGCUAUUUGGAUCCUGAAACUUCUCCUGAUUCAGAAGUAAUUAAUUUAGUUCCAGAAGCCCAAGACUGUGAAGGGUUUAGGGAAGACAUUGAUGAAGCUGUUUUACUUUGUGCUCAAGAAUUUGCCAUUUGUGAAAAUGUUGAUGGCUCCAAAAGAGGAAAAAAGAAAAUUAAGGUGCCUCGCCGAGUUAAUCAUGCUUUGAAAGAUGGUUUGUCUGGUUCAAAGCAUACACACAAGGAUAAAUCUUCGAAGAAAUGUGGUGGCAGACAGAAUCUGAGUGAUUGCCAUUUAUCUAAAGAGGACAUUACUGCAUCGGCCACAGUCAAUGCUUCAUUUGAAUGCUUUAGCCAUAGUGAAUUGUUACAUUCAUCAGUAGAGGCUGGGUUUGCAGUGGCUAGAGCUUCCCGAGAAGUGGAUAAUGCUGAUAGGACAUUCCCUGAGAUAGAUGCGAGUCUUGGACUAUCUGAAUCUGAAAAUACUAGUGGAAUAAGUUGCUCCACCAAGAGUUCGGGACGUAAACUUUCUCAUAGUGCAAAAUCUAGCAGGGUCUAUAAGCGGGGCUCUAAAAUCUCCAAUACUAGCAAGAGCAGGAAGGAAAACCGGCUAAGCCCGUUGGGAAAGAACAGGGUAAAGGUCGAAAACAUUGAUAAUCGCGCCCUGUCUCAAGUGAAAAGUCCCAUGGAAGCAGACUGUGAUAUAGCCGGUGACCAGGUUAACAAAAUCGACUCUAAUUCUGAUGCUGGAUUAGUCCCUAUAAGUAUCCCUGGAUCAGGGACAGUGUCAGGAGAUCCAGGAGAGCAACGCGUACCGUUAUGUAAUGCUUGGGUUCGUUGUGAUGAUUGCUACAAAUGGAGAAGGAUACCAGCUGCACUUGCAGAUUCUAUUGAAGAUACAGAUAGCAAUUGGACCUGUAAAGACAACACGGACGCAUCUUUCGCUGAUUGUUCAAUCCCUCAAGAGAAGUCAAAUGCAGAUAUAAAUGCUGAGUUGGACAUAUCAGAUGCUUCUGGUGAAGAAGACGAGGGCACUGCUCGUCCCAAUUAUAAGGAAUUGGGUUUGAGCCGCUUGACAGUUCCCCAGAAGUCAUCUUUUGUUCGGAUAGAAUCAAAUAACUUUCUGCACCGGAGUAGGAGAACUCAAACAAUUGAUGAGAUAAUGGUUUGCCAUUGCAAACCACCUUCAAAUGGCAAGAUGGGAUGUGGAGACGAAUGCCUGAAUCGAAUGCUGAACAUUGAAUGUGUUCAAGGUACCUGCCCUUGUGGGGACCUCUGUUCAAAUCAACAGUUCCAGAAACGCAAGUAUGCCAAAAUGCAAUGGCUUCGAUGUGGAAAGAAGGGUUAUGGGCUGCAGGUGCUAGAGGAUGUAUCCAAGGGGGGAUUUAUAAUUGAAUAUGUAGGAGAGGUGCUUGAUAUGCCUGCAUAUAAGUCACGACAGAGGGAUUAUGCUUCCCAGGGUCAUAAGCAUUUCUAUUUUAUGACACUGAAUGGUAGCGAGGUUAUCGAUGCGUGUGCCAAAGGGAACCUGGGGCGGUUCAUCAACCACAGCUGUGAUCCCAAUUGCCGAACAGAGAAGUGGAUGGUGAAUGGAGAAAUUUGCAUUGGAUUGUUUGCUGUAAGGGAUAUUAAGAAGGGUGAAGAGGUUACAUUUGAUUACAACUAUGUAAGGGUGUUUGGUGCUGCAGCUAAAAAAUGCGUUUGUGGUUCACCACAAUGUCGAGGUUACAUAGGUGGUGAUCCACUUAAUACUGAAGUAAUCGUUCAAGGUGAUUCAGAUGAUGAAUAUCCAGAACCCAUUAUGCUUCGUGAGGAUGGCGGCAUGGUUCAUCCAUUGAAUCAAUUGGGCAGGAAAAUCACCUCAGGAUAUGAGAGCUCAAUGGAUCAGUCUGCUGCUGAUAUAGGAAAGUCGCGAACAUCAGUAGAUAAUGGGGAUCCAAACACAAAAGUCCCUUCUUCCGAUCUACCUGUUGAUAUUAUUCCACAAGUAAAUGAUGAUGCAAGUGUAUCUGUGUCCACAACUCAGCAAGAAAUUGUCGCCGAGGAGGUUCGGAAUGCUAGUGAGAAAUCUGAAGCCUCUUCUCUAAGUAAGCCACUAAGCAAAUUACAUCAUGAUGAUGCAAACAGCAGCAGGACAAAGAAGUUCGAUACAAUUGAUAAGAGGUUACAUCCUCUUGUGAAACAAUCUAGAUCAUCAGGCUCUAUCAAGAAAAGUAAAGACAGUGGUAGUUCAGUUAACAUGGACAAAGUUCAGGGGAUGGCCCACAAGACCCAGAUGGUUUUCAGCAAACCCAGAAAAGCAGUUGAAGGAUCUUCUGCCAGCCGCUUUGAAGGAGUCGAAGAGAAACUUAAUGAGUUGUUGGAUGCUGAUGGUGGGAUAAGCAAACGAAAAGAUGCUCCUAAAGGUUACUUGAAGCUCCUAUUUCUCACUGCAGCUUCAGGUGAUAGAGGCAACGAAGCGAUCCAGAGCAACCGAGAUCUUUCAAUGAUCCUUGAUGCACUUCUGAAAACUAGAUCCCGAGUUGUACUAGUUGAUAUUAUAAGCAAAAAUGGUUUGCAGAUGCUUCACAACAUCAUGAAACAAUACAGGAGAGAUUUUAAAAAGAUCCCUAUACUUCGAAAGCUUCUCAAGGUUCUGGAGUAUUUAGCAGUGAGGGAGGUCCUUACAUUGGAGCACAUUGCUAGUGGCCCUCCUUGUCCUGGAAUGGAGAGCUUUAGGGAGUCUAUUUUAUCACUGACGGAACAUGAUGACAAGCAGGUUCAUCAAAUUGCAAGAAAUUUCAGGGAUAAAUGGAUUCCUAAACCUAUCAGGAAAUUUGGCUUUGCUGACAGGGUUUCGGCAUUACAUAAUGACUGGCGCGAUCAGGGCGGAAGACCUACAGAAGUAAUUGAUUCCUUCAGGCAACCAAUGCUUGCAACAACUAUGGUUGCCCCUGUUAGUCAGGAUAGUGGCAGAACAUCAUGUGCUGAAGACAACUUGGUUAAUGGUAAAAAAAUCCGCAAGCGCAAGAGCAGAUGGGAUCAGGAUGCGGAGCCAAUUAAACAUCCAAGGUUCUCACAGCACGAGGAACAAGUGUCUGAAGAAAAAAGAGAUUGUCCUGGGUCUGUCAGCCUUGAGUCUUCUCUUGGGGAAACUGUUGUGGCUGAUGGAAGGCAUCGUAACAGCUGUGAAGAUGUUCCUCCAGGAUUUUCAUCUCCCCCUGACACAUCUAGAUUGUCUUCUAAUACUUCAAUGGGGAUGGAUGUCUCUCAUGAAAAUGUUUACCCCUCGGACUGCCCAUUCAAUGUGGUUGCGGGGAAUCCACAGGGGAAGUUUGUUUCCCGUUUGCCUGUCUCAUAUGGAAUUCCCUUAUAUUUUCUGCAGCAUUUGGGUAAAGCCCAGGCCGAAAGCAUGGAGAGCUGGAUUGUUGCUCCUGGCAUUCCCUUUCAUCCUUUUCCUCCAUUGCCCCAACUUCCUCGAGAACGGAAGCGUCAGUCGCCUGCACAAAAUGAUGAUUCUCAGAACGCUGUCCACUCUGCUGAGACAGCGCAGGUGGAUGAGUGCAGUCAAGCUAGUUUCAUUGAUGAAAGCAGCACUGGGACAAGCGCCUCUAACCUAGCAGAUUCAGAGGGUACAUGUGCCAAUAGCCAGCAAAUGUUUAAGCGGGUGAAGAUUUCCUCUCAGGAUUUGAGUAGGAGGUACUUCAGGCAACAGAAAUGGACCAAUACUAAAGUUCCCCCGUGGCUUCGGAAAAGAAACUGCUGGGGAUACUCUGUAAACAACUCAAAAAGUGCAAUGUGCAGCAUAGGUUUAGGAAAUGGUGUGAACGGGCAGAAGAAUUGGGACCUUUCGGAUGAUUUAAAUUGUAAAGUGCGGAGGGAUGACGGCAAUUAUCGCUAGCAUCUGCGGCCCCAAAAUCACUAUCGAUUUAUUGGAAAUAUCUAAAGCUCUUAUUUUUCAUUUUUUUGUAUACUUUGAUGUAUCUCAAUUCUUUUACUUGUGGAUUUCUCUAAAUGAAAAUCUGAUUCAGCUUUUAGAGUUUA